GGGAGGAGACUGCUGCGGCAGUACGGGCUGGUGGGAUCUCUAUGUGGCAGAGGGGCCUCUGCCGCUGACAGGGAGGUAGAGAUCCCACAAACACACUGCUGGAGACACAGCCGCCAUCCUCUUCCUUGCCCGGCUGCCUUCCUAGACGCGCUCCUUGCCUACGGAUCCUCUCCUCUCAGCUCUUGCAAGCUCCCGGAUCGGCGCAGACUGACCCUCUUUCACCACACACUCACAGCGAAGGCAGCAGCGAGGUGUCCGGUUUGGGCACGUAAAGCCCGCGAUCCCCGGACGCGGGGAGCCUCUUUCCUCCCCCUGCAGGUAUGAAGACCCCUCACAAAAAGGUAGCUGCAGGGCAGGAAACCAGAGAAGCUCUCAGUCGCCACACCGGAUCUGCAAAUAUGAGGAAGAAAAAAAGCUCUCAAAAGAAGCAGAGGGGCAGACCUACAUCCCAGGCCCACAGGAACAUCGUGGGCUGCAGAAUUUCACACGGAUGGAAAGAAGGCGAUGAACCCAUCACCCAAUGGAAAGGAACCGUUCUGGAUCAGGUGCCUAUAAAUCCCUCUCUUUAUCUGGUGAAAUAUGAUGGAAUUGACUGUGUUUAUGGACUGGAACUUCACAGAGAUGAAAGGAUUUUAAAGCUUAAAAUCCUUCCUGAUAAGGUGCCAUUUUCUCGAGUCAGAGAUGUGCGCCUUGCAAAUACCAUAAUUGGUAAAGCUGUGGAACAUAUUUUUGAGGGUGAGCAUGGUUCUAAGGAUGAAUGGAGGGGGAUGGUCUUAGCCCAAGCACCAAUCAUGAAAGCUUGGUUUUAUAUUACGUAUGAGAAAGAUCCUGUCUUGUACAUGUACCAACUUCUAGAUGAUUAUAAAGAAGGAGACCUCCGUAUCAUGCCAGAGUCCAGUGAGUCUCCUCCAGCAGAGAGGGAGCCAGAAGGAGUUAUAGAUGGCCUCAUAGGUAAACAUGUGGAAUAUACCAAAGAAGAUGGCUCCAAAAGGACAGGCAAGGUCAUUCACCAAGUCAAAGCCAAACCCUCUGUGUAUUUCAUCAAGUUUGAUGAUGAUUUCCAUAUCUAUGUCUAUGAUUUGGUGAAAAAGUCCUAACAGGGUACAAUUUGCCACAUUUGUGAAGGCAAAUGUAUGAUUUGGAGACACACACACAAAAAAAUGUUACUUUUCAAUGUAUAGAAAGCUUUAGAGUCCCUAUUAUACCCAAAAUCAUUGCCAGCAUAACUAUUGCUUUGUUCUAAAAAAUACAAAUGUAUGUGGACAUGA